UUAACAGUCAACACUAAUGUCUAAAGCUGUUGGCUCGUUUACUGGCGAUUACCGCGUUGCUUACGCACGGACGAGCAGCUAGCCGUUUCGUCGAAGAACGCACUUCGAGUGGAGCCCCUCGGCUCCUCUCACGACGGCCGGAGGCGUCGACGACGCGAUGGACUUCGACAACGUACGAGAGCCGGACUACCAGAUGACGUCUCCGCAAGACAACGGACGCAUGAUCAACUCGGCACCACGGCGCAUGCCCUUUGCGUCUCAUCCCGAGUUCAGGCUGUUCGAGUUGAACAAGCACCUGCAGCAAAGACCCGAGGACGCAGACAACACGUGGUGGGACAGCUUCGCGUCGGAGUUCUUCGAGGAGGACGCUGAGAUGCACGUGCAGAUAUGUGUCGAGGACGUGCCGAAGGACUAUCAGUUGGGCCGGACGGUGUUGCCUCGCUUUUUUCGUUCGCUUUUUGACGGCGGAGUCAGCGACGUCCAGUUCACUGUUUCACAUCCGACCGAGACGUGUGUGAACAGAACGCUGCGUCUCGAGUGCGACAAUGCGCUAAUGAUAGCGACACACACGAAGCCAACGCUGUCGAAGGUCUUCACUGAAGGAAAACUAAUGCUCGAGUUCGGUUACGAUGAACUAGCGAGAAUACGGACGUGGCACUUUUUCGUUCGCGGCCACCGCGAGAUGAUCCCACGUAACUUUGUCGCUCUGAACCAACGCAAUCAAGCGGCACUCGAGCAACUAUCAGAGAACGUGACUCGGCAAGGAUUCACAGACUCGACCCUGAAGUACAUGAAUUUGUGUGCGAUUCUACAGCCGAUGCAAGAACUCAUGUCUCAAAACAAGGCAUAUAGCAUCUCUCCCAGAGAGUGCCUGAAAACCACACUGUUUCAAAAGUGGCAGCAGUGGACACUGCCCCAGAGCACGAUACAAACUAAGCUCGUCAACAAGCGACCGAAGCGCAAACGUUCGACCAACCAACCGCCCACGCCGGCGUCGGCAUCCAGUCAACCGGGAACCCCGACUGUAACGUCGGCACCGGUUUCGACGAUCUCGGGAGACGUCGGCGGAAACCCGCAGAAAAAGAUUUCGCCCGGCACGCCGCAGAUACCGAAUUCGCCGAGUUCGUUGUCCGGAGGUCGCGCGUCGAUGUCGGGCAGUCUGGUGAAUCUCUCGUCCGGAGCGGGACUGAUGACGUCGUCGGGACCCGUAUAUAUGACUCAGGAUGUGAUGGUCGUCGGGGAGCCAUCACUAAUGGGCGGAGCAUUUGACGAGGACGAGAGACUCAUUACACGGUUAGAAAAUGUGCAGUUUGAUCCGAGUUGUUUGGAUGAGGAUGAGAUGGCACUUAGAUCGUCGAAGCUGAUGGCGAGUCCGUCAUUGUCGUGGCACGACGGCAAGGCGAUUGGUCAAGACGAAGGGCUGGACUGAUUAAUUAAUUGAUUGAGUUUAUGGAGCUUGAGUAUUCACGUCCGGGUUUAUGAUCUAUACAGUAUAUAAACAGAGCCUUAUUUAUUUGUGAGACGUAGUGUAGUAGAGUUGGUAUAUGUAGUGGAUUAGGAAGCGA